CACGUGACCCCGACGGAUAAAAUUUACAUUUACACUUUUGUAAACCCGAGUUGAAGAAAGUGUCUGGAGUACAUUAUCACCUUUACCUUAUUAUCCUGAACACGUUCACAAUUAAAGACAAAAGUCAGAAAAUGAACGGAAACAGUGAUAGUGCAUUUUCUGGUCAAUCAUGGCAAAAUGCCCAGACCAUUUCGGGUGCACCUCAACGAGUAGCCCAACAGCAGGUACAACAUCGAGUACCUCAGUCUAACCAACAAGCACCACCACCACCACCACCACAACAGCAACAGCAACAAAUUCACAGGCGACCUGAUUUAAAGAAUUAUCAUUUUGCCAGUACAAGUCAGGAAAUCUUGAGAAAAUAUUCUAAAUACCCAGCCUCUAUGAGUUUACAUAUAUUUGAGACUCAUUAUCGAUUUAAUAAUUUAAAUGAUUCAAAUAUAAUACCUAAUACUUCACCAAUGAUUAAAGAUUUUUUACGUCAUGUCCUUCGAGAAGAGAUCCCUGUAGAAAUGAGUGAAUUAUUAAAAGAUUUCUCAAUUAAAUCAUAUGAUGGAUGUUUAAUUCUUCAAGUGUAUGAUCAUAGAAAUAUGAUAACUACUACCAAAAAUAGUACUACUGAUAAAAAUAAUAAUAAUAAUAAUAAUAAUAAUAAUAAUUCAACUACAAAUACAAAUACAAAUACAAAUACAAAUACAAAACAAGAAGGUACUUCUCUGACUAAUCAAUCCCAAUCAAAUCUUGUAUCAACUCCAAAGACUUAUAGGACUCUAUUAAGACCUACACAAUUAUCACUUUAUUAUGAUUUAUUAUUUCAUACUGAUCAUGCAUUAACUAAAUUUACCGAUGCAUUAUCUUUACAAAUGGAAUCAGAAAUAUUAACUUUAACUAAGAGAAAAUUAGAUUUAUCAGUCCCAUUAAAUCCAUAUUUGAAUAAUGAUUAUCUUAAACCAGAUUCAGAAUAUCCAAAGAAAAUUUGGGAUGAAUCAAUAAAUGACUAUAAAUUAGAAUUUCUGCAUCGUCAAGGUCAAGAAAUACCACCAAGAAAAAUUCAUCAAGAUGAAAUUGUACUUCAUAAAUCUUCUGAAUAUGAAGAAAUUAUGUUAUUACUUUCAAAUAAAUAUAAAAAAUCAGAUGAAACUCAAGAUAGAAAAUUGGUUAUUGUUGGAUCUUCAUUAUCUUCUACAGCUCCUGCUCCAAUUCCAUCUAAACCUAUAAGUAAAGAAAAUACUUCUGGUCCAGAUUCUAAAGGUAAAAAACCUGAUAAACCAACUACUGCACCUGCUCAAGUUACAACUACAUCUUCAUCAUCUAGACCAACUGGACAAUUUAUGAGAUUAAGAUUAAUUGAAGAAAUUCGGAAAAAGAGAGAAACUGAAAAGCAAGAAGCAAAAUUACAAGCUCAAGCACAAACUAAUUUACAACAACCACCUCAACAAGGAGAAGGUUGGCAAUCAAAUGGUCAAGUUCCUGAACCUGCUAAACCUUUAGAUAAUGGACCUGUACCCAAGAGAGUCAAGAAAGAACCAAUUAAAUCUAAUUUACCACCUCAAUCUAAUCAAUUAAAUAAUAAUAAUAAUAAUAAUACCCCAGGAGGAGGAUUUCAAAAUUCUGGAGUUGUACGGAAUGGAUCAUAUGCAUCAGCCAGUAGUAAUAUAUCAUCUGGUUCAUCACAAAAUGGAGGAUCACAACCAACUUCUCAACAAUCACAAACAUCUCAACCACCAUCACAAAGACCCACGAGUCUACAACAACAGCAACAACAACAAAUCUUUCAAAAUUCAUUAUCUCCAGAAGAACAACAAGCCUUUAGACAAAUGCAAAGUAGAAUGCAAUCUUUGGCAGUUAUGGGUAAUACUGGUGUAGCACCAAAUGGACAACAAUUAACUCCUCAACAAAGACAACAAGCCAUUCAACAAACAAAACUUAUCCAUCAACAAAUGUUACAAAAAUUCCCGGUAUAUUUUGAAAGAUUACGUGAAUUCCAAUUGAUUCAACAACAAAGACAACAAAAGCAAAAACAAUUAGAACAAAAGCAAAUGCAAGCAGCUGCUCUGAAAUCUCAACAACUUCCACUUCAACAACAACAACAACAACAACAAAUGACUCAAUUACCUCAACAACAAUUCUCUCAACAACAUAUUAAUAUUGCUGGGAAAACUAUACCAGGUAAUUCUAAUAUUGCUGAGCCACCAAAGUCUGCUGAAAAGAAGAAGCGUACUUAUAAGAAGAAGAAUACUACUACUGCUACUUGACUUAAUGAGAAUUAAAUUAACUAACUGUAUUAUAACAAAGUUUGCCUAUUUCUUCUCUUUUUAAUUAUAUAACUCAUCUGUGUAAAUUUAGAUUUAGAUUUAGAUUUACUAUUUGUAUUAAUAUAUGGUAACAAACUAUAUAAAAAGCUACUGGCAUUUCAGUAAUAACAAAUUAAGACCAAUAAACAAAAA